UGAUUGGAUUGAAUCCUUCCCUCUAUAUAAAUAAACACCCUUCUCCUUCUUUCUUCACAACCCAUCUCUACAUCUUCUCUUUCAUCCUUUCCAAUUCCCAUUGAGAGAAAAACAAAACACUCUGCAAACUUCAAUGGCCUGCUCAAGCGCUUCAAGACCCACCAAAGUUCAGGAACUCCAUGUGUAUGAGAUCAAUGAGAGAGACCGUGCAAGCCCUGCAUAUCUCAGUUUAAGCCAGAAACCUGUUAAUUCUCUUGGAGACCUCGUCCCCUUCACUAACAAAAUAUAUACUGGGGAUCUUCAGAAACGCUUGGGAGUGACAGCAGGCAUCUGCAUUUUGAUCGAGAACAAGCCGGAGAAGAAAGGUGAUCGAUAUGAGGCUAUUUACAGCUUCUAUUUUGGAGACUACGGUCACAUUUCAGUUCAAGGACCUUAUUUGACCUACGAGGACACGUAUCUGGCUGUGACUGGUGGCUCUGGGAUCUUUGAAGGAGUGUACGGGCAGGUGAAGCUGCACCAGAUUGUGUUCCCUUUCAAGAUCCUCUACACUUUUUACCUCAAGGGGAUUGAGGAUUUGCCUGAGGAGCUUACUGCUGUGAAGCUUGUGGAACCAAGCCCUGCUGUUCAGCCCAGCCCUGCUGCCAAGGCUUGUGAGCCUCAAGCCACUGUCUCCAACUUCACCAACUAAUACUAAUAACCACAAGCUUCUUGCUGCCUCUAGUUUUUUGUGGGUUGAAUUGAAGUUAUGUUGUCAGAUGGUGUAGUAUUUUUAUUUUAUUCAUAAAUAAUUAAUUAUCUGUGUUUAGUUUAUUUGAAGGCAAUGUAAUGAUCAGUGGUUUAUACAAUAACUAUGGUUUGUUUACUCUA